AUGAAAGAUGGAGGUGUUGGUGUUGGUGAGUUCGUAAUUCUGGAAGCUUCUUAUGAGACGAAACGCAUCACGAAGUAUGUGCCAAGUGAGGCUCAUCUGGGAGCAUUCGCCGUUACUUCUGGUCUGUGGACGGGCGGAACGGCCGAUGCCAUGGACGAACAACUUGAUCUCCAGGUCCAGAUCGCGGGAAAUCAUAAAUAG